AUGUCAUCCUCGAUUGUCUCACUUGCAAAUAUGAUAUCUCAUCAAAUAACAAUCUAUCUGGGCAUACCGAUAUUUCUCCUUGGUGUCGUCGGUGGCAUACUUAAUGUAAUUGUUUUCCUUAGCUUGAAAACGUUUCGUCAAAAUUCAUGUGCUCUAUAUUUAACUGUUAUGUCAUUAGUUAGUGUGGGAUAUUUAAUCACGGGUUUAUUAACAUUUAUUAUGAUGUACGGAUUUGGAGAUGAUUGGACGACACAAUCGAAAUCAUAUUGCAUCUUUCGAGAAGGAUUUGUUCAUAUUUGCAUGUUAAUCGCAUUUACAUGUCUAUGCUUAGCAACAAUUGAUCAAUAUCUAGCAACCUGUUCAUCUGUACGUUGGCAACAAUUAUGUAACAUCAAAGUAGCUCGUUAUUUGUGCUGUUUGUUCACCAUUCUUUGGUUUUUAUAUGGUAUUGUAUUUUUUAAGUCAUACGACUUAGUCAGUAAUCCUUCGACCGGCGAACUCGAUUGUACAGUGAUAAAUAGUCGUUUCCAAGAAUACUUUCAGACAGUUCAUGUACUUAUUCUAUUAGGUGUAUUACCCAUUUCGAUAACUGUCAUAUUCGGUAGUUUAGCUUAUCGAAAUGUUCAACAAUUAGCCUAUCGAGCGGUUCCACUUGUUCGACGUGAAUUAGAUAAGCAAUUAACAGUCAUAGUGUUAACACAGGUUGUUUAUAAUUUUUUUGCGAUAUCGCCUUAUACCAUAAUUAACGCGAUUAUACUCGAUUCAAAUAUGAUGGCAGAUCCCGUGAAAAAUGCUGUGAUAAGUUGUGCAAGAAUUGUCUCAAUUAUUUUCCUCUACUCUUGUUUUGCUUGUCCAUUUUACAUCUACAUUUGCGUCUCCGAGCGCUUUCGUCAGCAGUUGAUUUAUGUUCUGUUUAAAAUUUACUUCAAACGAUGGCACCGUCGAAAUGUUAUUAUUGAUGUCGUUGUGCCAUUGAAUUGA